GAUUUUGUGGUUUUCUCCCUUCACAAUUUCUGCACAUUGGUGGACUAUGACAUUACCAUCAUACUUUUAACAAGUGUAAGGUGAAUUCGAACCGUUACCUCCGACGCUCUCACUCAAAAUCGGUAAUGAGCCAUUGGGAAGGACCUCCUUAAUCAAACCAUGGGUUUACUGCUCUAUGAAUAGCUGAAGCUUCUACCGAUUUAGACAGAGUGGAGGAAAUCUUCAUUUGUCUCUGCGUUUAUUAUAAAAAAAAGGAAAAAACUGCAUCAGUGUUUGGAGACUGUUGACGAGGAUAAAACAUCAUGGUGAAAUUGACAAUUGACUUAAUUGCCCGUGGCACAUCGGGAUAUACUAAAAAGAAGCGGGAUGAAAGUGUCGAGGUUUAUUUGAAGAGGUUGACGCAUCUUUACUUGGAGGACAGAGGCAUUGAUGACAUUGGUGAUGAUCUCUCCCUCUGUCGUAAUCUCUCCGUCUUGUAUUUAUACGAUAAUCGGAUAGCAAAAAUACCAAGUCUCGGCCAGAAUCAAGCGCUAACGCAUCUCUAUCUACAAAACAACAACAUCAGCAAAAUAGAUGGACUGUCUCAUUUACCAAGACUAUCAAAAUUGUAUAUUGGCAAUAACUGUAUAACGGUGAUUGAAGGCCUGGAGAGACUGGACUGCCUCCAGGACCUCCAUGUUGAACAUCAGAAGCUGCCGCCCGGGGAACAGUUGUUAUUUGAUCCAAGAUCAUUGGCAGCUCUCACUCAUAGUCUACAAUCACUCAACAUAUCUGGCAACAACAUCAACAGUAUUCGCGACCUAGAAGGCCUACGAAUGUUACAACAGUUCAUGGCCAAUGACAAUAAGCUCUACGACAUGAAAGAACUAGGGCACCUGCUCAGUUCGUGGCGGCAUUUAUGGCGGUUAGAAUUAAUGGGAAAUGCGCUAUGUCACAAGUCAAAGUAUCGAGACAGGAUCAUUGUUAUGUCAAAUAGUUUAGAGGUGCUCGAUGGAAAAGAAAUCAACCCCACUGCCCGCCAGUUUCUUGUGAACUGGAAAGCCACCAAAGAUGCUCAGAAGAAGAAGAGUCUAAGUCGUCAGAACACGAUACUUAGUGAAACGAACGGUGAAACCAAAGACCUGCCACCAUUGAGUGGCUACGCUCACAAACGGCAGGCGCCAAGUGCCGGCUAUAUCAUGCCUGGUCUACCGAGGAAACAGUUUGACGAAGUUCUCGCUAGGUCUGCGAGUCACCCGAGUUCAGCGGUGCCAGGUUUACAGACGUCGAAAUACAACUAUAAAGAAUUGAAUGGACCAAGUCAUAGAAGUGGUGGAUAUAAAGAAAGAGUCAUAGGUGAGCUUCCUGACUAUGGACUAGUUUUGAAACUCAAGGAAAGAUUGCACAAAUUCCCCCAUCCUGCGCCCUGACAUUGUGAGGAUACUGAACACAUAUGGUACAACAAUGAGGGAUUCACGGACAUUAUCACUGGUGAACAUUGGUGUAGUGUCAGACGGUGGGGAUGGAGAUUCUUUAACUCUGGCUUGAUCUUGACGGAGGCUGGAUGAAUCUGGCACGCAUAUUCAACAAAGUCAUCACAAACACUAACACAAAUGAAUUUGUUGAAAUCGGUGAGGGUUCGGCCGGCCACUCAAAAUGCUUUUGUAUUUGAAGACUUUGACAGGGUGAAAGCGAGUCUGUAACAAACUGAUAACAUGUAUUAGCAUGAAAGAGACAUGCCGAUGAGCCGGACUUACGGUUUUCCUCUUGUAUUCUACCAAAAUAUAUAAGGCCAUACCAGUUGGAUUGUUAGCUUAACGGAUCUUUAUGACACACUCAAGGAGCAUUAGGGUAAAAAAAAGCUGAUUUAGAAGUUGGGAAAAUAUUAUCUGGUCUUAUUAGAUCUCAGUGAGGCAAGCGGGCAGAGUAAAAAUGUAAUCUACUUUUGGGAUUUUAAGCACGAGGGAAAUCUGUUAAACAAACGAUUUAAUUGGUGUGGCCUAUAAGCAAGCCUUAUAUGUAUUUGUGAUUCUACUACUCAAGACACAUUCUCCACAUAUUGCAAUUCACGCCGCGUAUCAAGUCUGUGUCACCAGUGUGAUGCUGAUGCAACCAAGUAUAUAGAUUACAUACUAGACGCAACUAAAGUCGCAUGUGAAUCCUGUGCUGUUGGCUGCUAAUGGUAGUCCUCUUUACUGGGGGUGCGAGGAGGUAAGAGUUUUGGUUGACAUUGGGUGUGGUUAAAGUCAUGUGUUGAUUGGCAUUGCCGAAAGCCCAAAGUAAGGAAAGCAGGGUGUUUCCUAAAUAAUGUUAUUGAGAGGCCUGUUAAUGAUAUUUUGGUACUUUUGUUGUUCAUUGAUAUGAAGCAUGGCUUAGUUGCACGUAGGUGCAGGUGUUCUUUUUUAUUUGUAGACAGUUGUGACAGUAUAUAUAGACGUUGGGAUAGCAGCACGUUAGGCUAGUUUUUACAUUAAUUACCCUUUGGCCAAGCUAAACCUUUUGACUUUAGCCUCAUUCAAUGUAAUUGUUUCUUUCCUGUCAUGUGUUGUAUGACUUGACUUUUUUACUCCUAGGAUAUUCCUGGGAUAGAAAAUGUAGUUGCACCAUAGAAGAAUUCAAUAUUUCUGCAGAUGAUCCAGCAGAUUAUUCAUUUACUAGAGUAGUAGCUUCAGUGGUGGAUCCAGAAAUUUUGGCGAGGGGUCCUCCCCCAGAAUAAUUUGGAGAUCUUGGUGCAAAAUAUCUUUUCCGGGCAUCUGAGGGUUGAAAAUAGAAGUAGCCAUUGGCUUCUUGGGGAGAGGUGCACUGAAAAAUUAUUGCACUCUGGCGAAAGGGAAGCGCGUGCCUCAUGCCCCUCCUUAAUUCGCCACUGAGCGAGCUAGUCUGCAGAGCUCUUACUUGUAAUUCUUGUGCAUUUUUGGUAUUUGUAUUUGUAAUGUCAUUGGACUUUUAUUCAUUGAGUUUACCAAAGAGGGAACGAUUCGGGGACAAUGUUGUAUGUUAUUAUUUAUCAAUUUUAUUGCAGUAAGCUGAGCUACACCAUUUCGUAUUUAUCAUUCUGUAAUUUGUUUUGUAAAUAUUUAAGAUGAAUUCCGUCCUAUCGUGAAACAGUUUUUUAUGUUUUGGCGACGACAAGAUUAGCUAUCAUAUGAACAGAAUCUGAGAUGUGAUCCAAUGGGAGUUUGCUGAUAAGUCAGAGGUCCGGUUUUUCAAAGCCUGGUUAGUUUAGCGACCCCUCAGAUUUAGUGUUCACUACUAAACUUAGCGGCACCCCAUGGCUGCUACUAAACUUAGCGGCACCUCAUGGCUGCUACUAAACUUAGCGGCACCUCAUGGCUGCUACUAAACUUAGCGGCACCCCAUGGCUGCUACUAAACUAAGCGGCACCUCAUGGCUGCUACUAAACUAAGCGGCACCCCAUGGCUGCUACUAAACUAAGCGGCACCUCAUGGCUGCUACUAAACUAAGCGGCACCUCAUGGCUGCUACUAAACUAAGCGGCACCUCAUGGCUGCUACUAAACUUAGCGGCACCUCAUGGCUGCUACUAAACUUAGCGGCACCUCAUGGCUGCUACUAAACUUAGCGGCACCCCAUGGCUGCUACUAAACUUAGCGGCACCCCAUGGUUGCUACUAAACUUAGCGGCACCCCAUGGCUGCUACUAAACUUAGCGGCACCCCAUGGCUGCUACUAAACUUAGCGGCAUCUCAUGGCUGCUACUAAACUUAGCGGCACCCCAUGGCUGCUACUAAACUUAGCGGCACCCCAUGGCUGCUACUAAACUUGGCGGCACCUCAUGGCUGCUACUAAAUUUAGCGGUACCCCAUGACAAAGCCCCUGAGGGUCUGCUAACUUAGCGGUGACAUAUCGGCAGCUAAGCUGAAGAGAGCAGACUUGGUGGCACGCUAAGAUAACGGUGGUUUAGCACCCCCAAACCAGAUAGCGGAGCUUUGAACAACGGGGUCUAGUUGUCGGUACUUGAAGACUUUGGCUGGACACUGCAUGAGACACUUCAUCUCUUUCCGUCGUUUUGGAGCAUAAAAUCUCGUUACUUUAAACCAGAAAGUGUUUUUGGAGCCAAAGGUUGGCAAAUUUGCUCAUUUGUAAUCAGCGGUAGACAAUAUUCUACAUUUGCUGCUGUCAGACUUCUAUUCAGUGAUGCAAUAGAGUUUGAACUUCCACAUGUUUGCAUUUGAAGAUUCUGGAGUUGUGUUUUCAGAAGUUUGAAGUAAGAUCCCAUUCUUAAAAUAGCAUCUUCUGUUUUUUAUCUUUUCGCUAUGGGAGGGAGCUUCUUGUUGGGAAACUGACUUUUUUUUGCUCAAAACUAUUAUUCAUGUAUUCAGAUAGCUCACUGUCUGUUUCUGAUUCCGUCCAAUAACUCCAACAUCGAUCUGUUUAAUAUUUUUUGACAACGUAUGAUUUAUCGUGCCUUGGGUUGUGUUAAGGACAAUAUUUAGGUACAUAACACACCACAGACGAUGUGAAAACCAUUGUUGGGAGUGUGUUUAUUACAAAAUACAGUGUUCAUCGUUUUCUAGCUUUAGGCAUAGAAGGGGUAAAACCGCUCUGUUUUGUGUGUAUCUAAAUGAACAGCCCCUUGUUUAUAAUUGAAGCUAGUCUUCUGUGUUUUUAGCACCAAGUGCCAUUAUUAUGUAUUCAAUCAAAAAUCCAUUACUUCAAAGUACAGUAAAACCUCUUUAUAAGGGACGCCCUCGGGACUGACAAGUGCUAUCCUCAAUAGAGAGGUGUCCUGAUUAGAGAGGUCAAAGUGAAUGGAAACACACAAUUUGGGACCAAAUCUAGUGAAAUAGAGAAAGUGUCCUUAUUAGAAAGAUGUCCACUAAAGUACAGUAAAACCUCUCUAUAAGGGACGCCCUCAGGACUGACAAAUGCUAUCCUCAAUAGAGAGGUGUCCUGAUUAGAGAGGUCAAAAUGAAUGGAAACACCCAAUUUGGAACCAAAACUAGUGUAAUAGAAAAAAUGUUCUGAUUAGAGAGGUGUCCACUAAAGGAGGUUCCACUGUAUUGGUUCAAAGUAAUGGGUUUUUGAUUAACUGUAAAUAGCAACACACUCACAAAGCCACUAUGUAUGCCUUCGACUAUCAUUUCUACAUGAGCUCACAUUCAUUGGCAGCGUACAAAGCUAUACAUGCUGGACAGUGACGUCAUUUGGAGGUCCAGUUUGACGUCAAUCCAUGUUCUUGAUCUGGCAUGCUGAUAUGUCCCUGACAAAGCAUCAAUCAACUCAUGGAUGAUGUCAUCACACAUUGAUGUGUGCCACCUAGGUCAAUAAAAUCAAUUUAAUGUCCGAAAUGGGGUCUUUUCCUGUCAUGAUGUCAUCUCAGCAGCCUAAAAAGUAAGGUGGUACAAUUAACGGUGGCACCCAUGAAUAGCAUCAAGACUUAAUAAAGACUAGUCUUUAUCAAAUCUUGAUUGCAUGAAUAGCUCUUCUUUUCCUGUGAUUUAGUUCAUAUCAGUUCAUUUUCAAAUCAGAUGUGGUAUCAAAGUGAGUGUCAGCUUUGCAUUUGUACAUUAUUUGAAAAGAGUGAAUAAAAUUAGGAGAAAUCAA